AUGGCGGCGCAAUUACCAGAUUGCUUUGACAACUGGCUUUCCAGUUUUCUACUCUCCGUGAGCAGCAGCUCCUCAUUCAUCUAUCCCUAUCACCAAUGUAUCGCGCUAAUAUGUCCUCCGUAGAAUUCAAAUUUCUAGCAUUUGGUGGAUGAUGUUGUAUCCGGUAUUGAUGCCGAUUCUGAAGCUCCUACCACAAUCAUGGACCAGCCCAUGGUUACAGUACGUCCUCCUCUUCUCGUACCAGAAAAUGGCGGCAAUAUCUGAUAAGCAUGGAAUAGGAUCGCGCAGGUUUGGAAAAUCUGGAAAAUGGGAUACGAGCCCUUCCAAGAAGCCGGUACCGACACAUUUAUAUUGUCCACACCGAGUGGUAAUAUGCUCUGGUCUAGCGAUAAUGCCAUAAUCCGCGAUUUAUUUACCCACCAUCCCAACGUUGAUGCUCCUGUGGAGUUUUGGAAGUUUUGGAAUGUCUAUGGCCCGACUAUUGCCUCGGUUCAAGGCAACGAAUGGAAAGCUCAUCGUAGGGCAGUCACAGCCGGGUUUGGUCCUAAUAUGAACCAGACGGUGUGGAAAGAGACCCAGCACCAGACCGAAACGCUUGCAAAACACUGGAUCGAAAAAUAUCAGGCUAUCAUUCCAGUGAUCAGAUAUUGGACUUCGAGGCUAGCUUUGAAUAUUAUCUGCAGUGGAUUCUUUGGCAUGAAGGUUAAAUGGGAUAGCGACGAUGCUGCACCCUUACCUGCUGGCCACAACAUACCUCUGGAUGAAGCACUCCCCAAGUUCAUCGAGAAUCUUGCAGUUUACUUCACGGUACCGACCGCAUUGCUGGGUAAAUUGCCAGUGAAGAAGUUCCAAGAUACUUACCAGAAUUUCACAGAGAUCACCUCGUACUUGGACGAAUUCCGAGCACAAGUCCUGGAUAAUGUUGAAGCUGUUACAGCCAAGAAAAACAAAAACAUUCUUGGUAAGACCCCUCAAGCUCUAAUUGGAAUUUGUAGAAACUAACAUUCGUGAUUAGAGUCCGUUGUUCUCGCCGGCGUUAAUGGAAAGGACCCUCUGCCCAAGGAAAGCGUUCUUGGUAACAUUUUCUUUUCGCUCCUUGCCGGACAUGAAACAAAUGGGGGUACUUUGGGUUUUAUCUACUUAUUGAUGGCGAUUUAUCCGGAAUAUCAACAACGAAUGCAAAAGGAACUAGACAACCAACUCGGGACGCGACCGGCAAGUGAGUGGACACUCGAAAACGACUACCCAGUCUUGAAACGAGGGUUUCUGGGAGCAAUUCAGAAGGAAGUCCUUUAUGUGUUCAACCCAGCAUCAUUCAUCAUGCGAAAGGCACUUAAUCCUGUCACUCUCGUCGACUCGCACGGUAAAUCCCAUCGUAUUCCCGAGAAUACACUUACCCUUAUCAAUAAUGCUGGACCUUCACGAAAUCCGAGCAAUUGGAAACGAUCUAUCAAAGUCUCGCCGGAGAGGACUACGGCGUUGUGAGAUUCUCCAGCUCUGUACAUCGACCCCGAGAGAUGGUUGGAUGAAAAUGACCAAGACCUUGCGACAGCGACAUCAUUUGGUGCUGGUGGAAGGGUUUGUCCGGGCAAAGAAUUUGCCAACGUUGAAUUAACGGCAUCGAUGACCACUUUGUUUAAGUCCUACUCUAUGGAACUUGUGGUAGAGAAAAAUACGGUUGACGAGUGUGGUGGCGAUGAGAAAUUGGCUUGGAAACAAACACGGGACAAGGCAAUCAAGAUGAUUUAUGAUGAUCUUGAGGCGAACAUCACUAUCGGGAUCCACAAGGAUAUUCGGACUCGGAUUGUGAAGCGCGCAUAG